AUGAUCAGCGCCAACCUUCCGAAGGAGAUCGGUAAUUUGAGCCAGCUUGCAUUUUUGAACUUGUCGAAUAAUCAAUUAACAGGUUCCCUUCCUGCAUCACUCUUUAAUAGCUCGUCGCAAGUUGGCGUGUCUCUGACAACCAAUAGUUUUUAUGGUCAUCUCUUGCUUGGUGGAGGAAAUAUUAUGUUAAAUAUAAAGAUUCUAAGUAUAUCUGAGAACCAAAUUUCUGGUCACAUUCCAUCUAACAUAUGCCAACUCACAGAGCUCAAAUUUUUGUCCAUAUCUUUCAAUGAGAUAACCGGAGAAAUACCCAAAAAUAUUGGUUGUUUAUCCAAACUCGAAGAGUUUUCUAUUGGCGAAACUCAAAUAACAGGGAAUAUUCCCACUUCAUUAGAGACUAUUUUCAACAUAUCUUCUUUGGAAAUAAUUGAUGGCAACAACCUCUCGGGUAGAAUUCCAUUUACUACAGGUCUUCAUCUUCUGAACCUUCAAGGACUUAACUUGGGAGACAAUCAGUUAGAAGGGGAACUUCCAGUGUUCAUAGUAAAUGCCUCCAAGCUUGAGAUACUCGGUAUUGGCGAUAAUUUUCUCACAGGAACUAUUCCUAAUAAUUUGGGAAAUCUUCGUGAGCUGCAACGUUUGCACCUACAUCAUAAUCAACUUACCAACGAAUCACGAGAGCAUGAGUUGCAAUUCAUCAAUUCAUUGGCUAACUGUAUGAUGUUGCACUAUCUACAAGUUGUUGGCAAUCCACUGAAUGGAGUUCUGCCUAAUUCAAUUGGGAACCUUUCGUCUACUAUUGAAUACUUUCAUAUGGGAGAUGCACAGGCCAGUGGCUUCAUUCCCACUAGUAUAGGCAACAUGAGUGGUCUUAAGUCCCUAGUCUUUCAACGAAACAACUUGAUGGGAAAUAUCCCUCCGGAGAUUGGUAACCUUGAACAACUCCAAGGUCUAGUUAUACUUGACAAUAAAUUGCAGGGACAUAUUCCAGGGGAGGUAUGCUACUUAUCUAAUUUGGUCCUAUCGUCUAUACAUUUUAAUGAGUUGUCCAGGUUAACUAUAGAAUGUUUAGGAAAUCUUAGCAUGCUACAAAAGCUGUAUUUAGGUUCCAAUAAAUUCUCAUCAAAGCUUCCCUUGAGCCUUUGGAAGAUGAGUGGUCUUCUAUUUCUAAAUGUGUCACAAAAUUCUGUAGAGGGUGAAGUUCCACUAGAUAUUGGAGGACUGAAGGCCAUUGUAGAACUACAUCUUUCUGGUAACCACUUUUCGGGCAAGGUACCAAGCAGAUUGGGGGAACUCCAAAACCUGCAGUCUCUUGACCUAUCAAACAAUUCAUUUUCCGGAUCAAUUCCGUUAUCCUUUGCCAACUUGAUAAGCUUGGUAUUCUUGGAUUUGUCAUUAAAUGUGUUGUCAGGUGAAAUACUCGGAGGUGGUGUCUUUGCAAAUUCUACUUUGCAAUCAUUUCUUGGGAGCAGAGGUCUAUGUGGAAUGCACAUAUUUGAGGUUCCUUCUUUCCCUAUCACUAAUCAUGAAAAACAAUCAAAUUCUAAGGAGCUUGUGCUAAAAAUUGUUAUUCCAAUGGAUACUUCAUCCUUUCUAGUAUUCUUGUUGGUUUCAAUUAGGAUAAUGAAAUGA